AUGUCUUACAACUUUGAAGAGUUAACUUACAGCGAAGCCAAAGACUUGCUUCGUCAAUGGAGAGAGAAUAAUGAGAGAAGGAGUGAAGAUGUGAUCGACAUAUGGACUACAGUCUUAAGUGAUGACUUGAGCAAACUUGGCAAUGAGAAGCACCUGGUGUUGGAACAAGUUAUAUAUGCUGCCCUGGACUGUCACUCGUAUGGAGUGGCCACCAUGUGCAUCUAUGUACUGUCCAAUGAGUUCCCAGGCAGUAUGCGCGUGAUGAGGCACAAGGCAGCACUGCUGGAGGCUGAAGAAAAAUAUGAUGAAGCUUUGGAGGUGUUGGACAGUAUUAUAAAGGCUGAUGAGACCAACUCUGCGGCCAGAAAGCGGCGCGUUGCCAUACUGAAGGCACAGGGACUCACCUCUGAAGCCAUCAAGGAACUUGUUGACUACCUCAAGAAGUUCAUGUCAGACGUGGAGGCGUGGCAGGAGUUGUGCUCGCUGUACCUGCAGGUGCAGGAGUACUCGCGCGCCGCCUUCUGUGCCGAGGAACUCAUCCUGCACCAGCCACACAACCAUCUCAUGCACCAGCGACUGGCUGACAUCAGGUACACUAUGGGUGGCGUAGAGAAUAUGGAGUUAGCCAAAACUUAUUACUGCCAGGCUUUGAAGCUGAACCCUGAGAACAUGAGGGCCUUGCUCGGCCUGUUUUUGGUAACAAACAACCUAUUGAACCACUACAAGUCGGCUGGCAACAGUUCCAAGCGCAAGGAGGUUUGGAAGCUGUGUCAGUGGGCGCAGUCGUCGGCCGCGCGGCACCAGCGAGCGGCGCGCGGCCUGCCGGCCACUCCCGACCUCUCGCAGAUGAUGCUCGCACUCGCCAUCACUGACUAA